UAAAAAAAAAAAAAAAAAAGCAAAACCUCUCAGCCUACCCCAUCCCCACAAUGCCGUCCAACGGGUCUAUCGACACCAGCAGUGCUGCUCCAGACAGGGAGACGCUCGACACUCACAAGCAGAGGGAAGAGGAGCUGGAGGAGAACCGGAGCAAGGACGAGAAGCAGGAACCAGGGACAGCCACGAGGAAAGCGGGGCGGCCUGGCAGGAAGCGCAAACACGCCCUGGUGGAAAGUAGUGAAGCAUCCAAAGACACUGCCUCAGUCCCAAAGUGCCACCCCCCCUGCCAGGAUGCUGGCUCCACGGAGCAGGUGCUCAAUGGAGACCUGGAGACAGACAGUGCCCAGUGGAAAGGCCCGGAGGACAGCGACGGGACCCCGAAGGGCGGGCAGCAUGGCGAGGAUGAGACAGACAGCCUCCCAGACAGCGAGACGGGCCAGGCCCUGGAGAACGGGCGCUGCACCCCGAAGGACAGCCCGGAUCCCCCGGCCGAUGAGGGUGAGCUGGCCCCUUCCGCCCCCCAGAAGAAGAGAGGCAAGAGGAAACUCUUGGAGACAGCUGGGAAAAGCAAAGAAGAGAAGGAAGAAGCUAACUAUGACUCCCUGAAAAUGGAGGGAUCCCGAGGCCGCUUGCGUGGCGGGCUGGGCUGGGAGUCAAGCCUGCGUCAGAGGCCCAUGCAGCGGCUCACCUUCCAGGCGGGGGACCCGUACUACAUCAGCAAGAGGAAGCGAGACGAGUGGCUGGCCAGAUGGAAAAGGGAGACUGAUAAUCCAUCGGCAUCCCAGCUUGACAAGGCUGAGAAGAAGGCCAAAGUCAUUGCUGUCAUGAAUGUGCUGGAGGAGAGCCCACGGGCAGAGCCUCAGAAGGAGGAGGAGGCCAGCCCGCCCGCCUCGCAGCAGCCCACAGACCCCGCCUCGCCCAACGUGGCCACCACGCCUGAGCCAGUGGUGGCCGACGCCAUGGACAAGAACAUGUCCAAGUCGGCUGAUGACGAGCCGGAGUACGAGGAUGGCCGAGGCUUCGGGAUCGGCGAGCUGGUGUGGGGGAAGCUGCGUGGAUUCUCCUGGUGGCCUGGCCGGAUUGUGUCCUGGUGGAUGACUGGGCGGAGCCGAGCAGCCGAGGGCACCCGCUGGGUCAUGUGGUUCGGAGAUGGCAAGUUUUCCGUGGUCUGCGUGGAGAAGCUCCUGCCACUGAGCUCCUUCUCCAAUGCCUUCCACCAGGCCACAUACAACAAGCAGCCGAUGUACCGCAAAGCCAUCUACGAGGUCCUGCAGGUGGCCAGCAGCAGAGCGGGGAAGAUCUUCCCAGCAUGCCCCGAGAACGACGAGACAGACACUUCCAAAGUGGUGGAGAUCCAGAACAAGCAGAUGAUCGAGUGGGCCCUGGGGGGCUUCCAACCAUCUGGUCCCAAAGGCCUGGAGCCACCAGAAGAGGAGCGGAAUCCCUACAAAGAAGUUUACACGGAGAUGUGGGUGGAGCCAGAAGCAGCCGCUUACCCCCCGCCUCCGCCAGCCAAAAAACCAAGGAAAAGCACAACAGAGAAGCCCAAGGUCAAGGAGAUCAUAGACGAGCGCACCCGAGAGCGGCUUGUUUAUGAGGUUCGCCAGAAAUGCAGGAACAUUGAAGAUAUCUGCAUUUCUUGUGGAAGCCUCAACGUUACCCUGGAACACCCUCUAUUUAUCGGCGGAAUGUGCCAAAACUGCAAGAACUGCUUCCUGGAGUGCGCGUACCAAUAUGACGACGAUGGAUAUCAGUCAUAUUGUACAAUCUGCUGCGGCGGCCGUGAGGUGCUCAUGUGUGGAAACAACAACUGCUGCAGGUGCUUCUGUGUGGAGUGCGUGGACCUGCUGGUGGGACCAGGUGCAGCCCAGGCAGCUAUCAAAGAGGACCCCUGGAACUGCUACAUGUGCGGCCACAAGGGCAUCUACGGGCUGCUGAGGCGAAGAGAUGACUGGCCGUCACGCCUCCAGAUGUUCUUCGCCAAUAACCAUGACCAAGAAUUUGAUCCACCAAAGGUUUAUCCACCGGUCCCAGCUGAGAAGAGGAAGCCCAUCCGAGUGCUCUCUCUCUUCGACGGAAUUGCCACAGGUCUGCUGGUGCUGAAGGACCUGGGCAUUCAGGUCGACCGCUACAUCGCUUCUGAGGUUUGCGAAGACUCUAUCACUGUGGGGAUGGUGAGACACCAGGGCAAGAUCAUGUAUGUCGGUGACGUCCGGAAUGUCACCCAGAAACAUAUACAGGAAUGGGGCCCUUUUGACCUGGUGAUUGGAGGGAGCCCAUGUAAUGACCUUUCCAUCGUCAACCCUGCCAGGAAGGGUCUUUACGAGGGCACUGGACGGCUCUUCUUCGAGUUCUACCGCCUUCUCCACGAAGCGCGGCCCAAGGAGGGUGACGACCGGCCCUUCUUCUGGCUCUUCGAGAACGUGGUGGCCAUGGGGGUGAGCGACAAGCGGGACAUUUCACGCUUCCUAGAGGUGAGCACUGCCGUGGAAACCUGCUGGCUCUCCCCAGUGCACAAGCUGUCCACGUGGGACGACACCGACUUAUGUCUGGAUGGCCAUGGAGGAGCGGAGAAGCCUUGUGCAGAUGUUCCAACAGACCUCGCUCCCGUAUGUAUCGGGAACCUGUACCAGGAUCGAGAUUGGGACCUGCGACCAGAUCGGUGCCGGGAGGUCGACCGAGAUCUUGAAUCCCAGCGUCGUGAAUGGCUUCGGGAGGCACGGUGCCUGGAGUGA